AUGUCUCAGGCAGACUCAGGCGUGACCCACACCUCCACCGAGAAGGGCGGAAGCGCGGCGCCUAGCGUAUUGGAUGUGCUUGAGAAGCACCUUUCACCUGACCCGUUGCGAAAUCAAGAUCAACGGGGGCCUAGGUCCCACAAAGAGGCGCCUAAGCAAACAAAAUCGGCCCCUUCGUCUUCCGCGCCCACCGGCGAGGAGGCGCCUAGAGUGGCGGCGGCCUCCAUAGCUCCCACUGCUACCACUCCAGCGCCCUCCACGACUAACCAGGGUAAGAUACCUUUUUCUCCGCUCUUUGAAUUUUCGAUGUAUGUUGAUUCCUUGAUAGGUGCCCACCAAAGGCUUAGGUCCUCCGUAUUGACCAAGGGCGCCUCGAUCACUUAUAGGCUCCGCGCCUACCCCGUCGAAGUCAAGUGA